GACUGACUUGGAUGGGCCGCAGCAGAUCCAGACGACUCUGCGCCAGUGCAAGAGCCAGCUCGCUGCGAAGAGCAGGGCUUGCAAGGGGGAUAAUAAGAGGAAGCUUUGGCCGGACUACUCGGCGGAGCUCGAGAGCAGCGCCAAUGUCCUGGGUAAUUUCGUGGGCGGUUGCUACUGCCACAUCGCGGUGGCCGAGGGCGCGCGUUCCAUGGGCACGAAGGAUUUGCCCGCCCUCAAGAAGAAGCUCGCUGGCGCGAAGGAAAUGCUCGAGCACCACCUGACAGGGCCGAAGGCUUGCAGGCGCAAGUAUUCCGAGCUGCUCGAGCACGCGCGAGGCUCUGGCAG